GUGGCGUGACCACGCCCAGGCCUGAGACCCAGCGUCUGCACGGUAGCGGACGCCUUUAUAGAAAAGGUCCGAGUGGGACUAGGACAGUCACCUUCAGCUUUUGCACGCAACCAGAUGAUUCGCCUUCGGGCUCUGAGCCUUUAAAGCCCUUCACUUGAUCUUUAUCUGUAUUGGUCCAGGCCCUUCAGUCAAGCAGAAAGCUUAUAAGGCAGCUUUGAUUAAACAUGACCUCCUUGUUUGCUCAAGAAAUUCGCCUUUCUAAGAGACAUGAAGAAAUAGUAUCACAAAGAUUAAUGUUACUUCAACAAAUGGAGAAUAAAUUUAUAGAUGAAAACAAGGGAAAGGCAUCUCAGAUGCAAGCAGCUGAGACUGCUUUUAAAAGGAACCUCAGUCUUUUAAUGGAUAUAGAAGCCGCAGAAAAUUCUCUGCAGACCCGGAUUCACCCAAUUCCAUCACCAGAGGUGGUUUCUCUUGAGACUCUUUACUGGGCAUCAGUAGAAGAAUAUAUUCCCAAAUGGGAACAGUUUCUUUUAGGAAGAGCACCAUAUCCUAUCGGUGUUGAAAAUGAAAAUGAAGCAGAAAAUACCGUUCAGAAUGAGGCACAGUGAUAACUUCUUCACAUACUCUUUUCAAAAAAAAAAAAACCUGUUUAGUACAGCUGAGUAUUAAAGAAUACGCAGGUCAUUUCGGGUGCCUUAGGAAUCGAAUAUGUUCAUAUUGUCCUGUUACCUCCUCGAUGACAUGAAGAUAAGAGAAUCAGCUGACAAAUCUCAGGUUUUAUCACUUUGAGAACUACUCUUACUUCAGGGUCAUGAAUUUGCUUUCUGCCAAACCCAUGGAAGUGUUAAGAGCUAAUACUGAAAGCUGGGCUGUUUAUUAAAUAAGUUGCUAAGUAAGUGUUACAUGUGUCCUUCUUUUAAAAAAAAAAAAAAUCAUUUAUAAUGAUUCUCAUCUCAACAAUGAAUACUUGUUCUGCUUUUACAUUUUCUAGAAUCAUUUUGGCUUUUUUAUUAUGGGGAUUGGGUUCAGCACAGAAUCCAAGUGGCUGUUGGCCAUUACAGUUUCCUUUAACAAAUGGAAAAAAUAGAGGCACUGAACUGCUUCAAUAUAGUAUGUUAGACAAUGGAUUUAUAGGAUUUUGUCCCUUAUAGAUAACAGCCCUCUGAAGGUUCCGGAGGAAAGAACUAAACUACAAAGCAUUUGAGAAGUAGCCAGUUUCAGCGGGGCUCAGACUUGGUUCAGAAAAAGGUCACCUAUUAGAGCUGGAAAUGGUUAUUGGAUUUUGACUUAGUUAUUUGAGGACUACCAACUCUGUGAAUGCAAGUAACUCCUCUCAUCUUUUCAUCUUUAAACUUGCCCUUCCCUCUCCUUUGUUUUCUUUAUUUCCUAAACAACUGUCAGAAAGCUUUGCGGCUCCCCAGUCCUCCACUGCUAGAGUGCUCGAAAAAUUUUUUUAAUUUUUUGACUAUAGACGCAGCUCCUGCUAGUAAGGGGAGUCUAUGCUCAUUACAAUUCAAGAGUAUAAAAAUUUCAAACUGGUGUAUGUUUUUACAUGAAGACAGUAGGACAAGCUUUAAACAAACAAACAAAUAAAACCUAUAUUGAAAUGUC